AUGCAGGGUCUGAGCUCGCGAGCCCACGCUUUCUCGGUGGAAGCACUCGUCGGUAAAACGAUCAAGAGGAUGAAGGAGGAGAACGGGAAGGACUCGAGCUCACCGGGAGACACAGAGACGGAGACAAGCCCCGUUCGGCAGGAGACAGAGGAACAAGGUCGGUCGAAAAAACAGUACAGUGUAAUGGAGUGUUAUUUUUGCUUCUUCUGAGAAGCACUGUCCAAGUUGUAAAAUAGAAAACAACAACUUGUUUUGUGGCCUUGUAUUGAGUUAGUAGGACUAUUGAUGACGCAUUCCUAGCGUUUUUCACUUCAAUAGUUUAUCAAAUGUUUUCAUUAAAGGAAACAGCUGAAAGCUUACACUUAAAUGGAAUCAAGCCAGUAGCAUUCUACAUGUUCAGGAGACAACAGUUCUAAUGUAUCAACAUUUACAUUACAUUUAUCAACAAUAUAGAAUGUCUUAAACUGUUCCUUUACUCAAAAAAGUAUGAAAAAUGUAUGCACUCACUAACUGUAAGUCGCUCUGGAUAAGAGCGUCUGCUAAAUGACUAAAAUGUAAAAUGUAAAUGUAAAAAGAUUACCCAAAGGACCAGAGAAGGAAGGCUGGUAACACGCCGAGAAGGCCGGGAGAGAGCGACUCUGAACCGGGGAGAGAAGAAAGGAGAAGACCGGGAGAGAGUGACUCUAACCCGGGUAGAGAGGAGAGAGAGGUCCGGGUGGAGCUCCAGGGGUCGGAUCUGUGGACCAGGUUUCAUGAGAUUGGGACAGAGAUGAUCAUUACCAAAGCGGGCAGGUAAAACUGACACCUUCACACGCCUACCAAACUGUCAAAUUACAGACCUUCACACAAGCUAACUAAACUAGGUCAAACUCAGGCCUUUACACAUUAACACACAGUAGCCAAUACACUACACUAUAGACCAACACUAAUCAAACUGAUUUACAGUAUGAGGAUAAUAAACAUGUUGCACUUGCAAAAACAUACAUUAUACAUUUUUGUCAUUUAGCAGACGCUCUUAUCCAGAGCGACUUACAGUUAGUGAGUGCAUACAUUUUUCAUACUGGCACCCCGUGGGAAACGAACCCACAACCCUGGCGUUGCAAGCGCCAUGCUCUACCAAAUGAGCUACAGGACUAUAGCCUAUUAUUUGAUUGAUGUUACGACAUCUUUACAGCUAUAUCUACAGUUAGAGAAGGGUAUUUUCGUUUUAUAAGAUGACAGAGAAAUUAAAUGUACAAUUUACUGCAGCCUUUAAACUAUUGAGUGUUUAUUUAUUUUCACCAAUAGAAAGACCGUUUUUACACAGUUGAAAAACACAACAACAGUAUGUGUAGGAGGGGAAAAUGCCAAAAGGGCUUGUCAAGUAGUUAUUUUACAGGGUCAGUACACCCCGUAAAAAAAAAAUGAGGAUACGUUUUUAUCAUUUUAUAAAAGGCCAUUGGAAUUUUUUGAAAUAUUUUAGGGUUGCAUUUUUUCAUAGUAAUUCUAUAACUUUAUAUUAUUUGACUCUUAUCAUAUAAUUAACAAUUUGCAUGCUUUAUUCUUCAGGAAUUGGAGCUCUGUUAUUUUGUAAUUACAUUUAUGGGUAAUCUUGUAAUUUAAACUCUUUGCAUAUUCUUUAACAUUUUCACGAUAACAUUUUCAUAAAAGCACGUUAUUAUAUAUCGGCUAAACAUUUCAUGACUUGUUAUAAAUUAUAUUAUCUCUGUUGCUGCAAAGUUAUUUUUAAACAUUUGAUGGUCGUUUUUAUGAGAAGAGUAAUACAUCUCGUCAGAAUGCCCUCGUGGCCUCAGAGUUUCACCUUGACUGAGGUCCGCAGCAUCUCUUUCUCUGGUCUUACAUUGCCAACGAAUUUAACUGACGCAUCAAAACACUGAUUAUUUAUUUAUUUACAUUCAUCAGACGCUCUUAUCCAGAGAGAUUUACAGGAGCAAUUAGGGUUAAGUGCCUUGCUCAAGGCCACAUAGACGGAUGUUUCACGUAGUCGGCUCAGGGAUUAGAACCAGCGACCUUCCGGUUAAUGGCACAACGCUCUUAACCACUGAGCUACCUGCCGCCCCCUGAUCUCUGCUUGUUUUAUCAGUUCUCCACAGCAGUUGAUAUUUAAUAACAUUAUGGAUUAAAUUAAAUAUGCUGUUAUAUGAUGAGGAUUUUAGCGCAUGUAUAUCUACUUUAAACUCUGUGUGUGUGUUUUCUACAGGAGGAUGUUCCCGUCCUUGCGCGUGAAGGUGCGUAACCUGGACCCGUGCCAGCAGUACUACAUCGCCAUGGACGUCAUGCCCGUCGACUCCAAACGAUACAGGUAGACCCUAAACGUAUAUGUAGCCUACAAUUAUAAAUUGCACGAAAGGAAAUUGUCUCCUAUUUUAGAAACUUACUUUAAAACCAGCGCAUUAUUGCAUUAAUAGGUCUAGCCUACAUGUAUUUCCUUUGUUUCUUCAUUUCUCUCAAAUGAAGCUACAAACUCUACUCAAUUUCUAUACUGUAAAUCAAACAUUUUACCCAAUUGGCCCAGCGUCGUCCGGAUUUAGCCGGUGCAGGCCGUCAUAGUAAAUAAGAAUUGGUUCUUGACUGACUUGCCUAGUUAAAUAAAGGUAAAACAACUAUAAUAAAAAACAAACAAUUCAUGAGUACAGUGUGACAGCAGCGGUGCUUGGGUAAAAUCACUGGGGAAGCCAAGCUAGGGGAAAAAAGCCAUAUUACAACCAAUGUGUUGUGAUAAUUGCGUUGGUUGCUCUAUAACCUGUCAGUUCAUAUGCCUUGCUACCGUGAUAGGCCUAAGGCUGAGACAAUAAGUUUCAAGUUUCAAUGUCACAUGCACAAGUACAGUGAAAUGCUGUUCUUGCAAACUCAAAACCCAUCAAUGCAAUAAUUAAUAACAAUUUAUUUCUAAAAAAAAACACACAAAAACAAGAGAAUAAAAAAUUAGAAAUAUUAAAUAAACAAUACCAUAGUAAGUAAGCAUACUAUAUACAGGAAAUAUUUAAAAAGUCAGUUCCAAUACCAUAGUAAGUAAAUAUCAUGGUCAAUCUAGUCAAUAUUUCAGAAAUGUUCGGUCCACUAAACAACUAUUGAUUUAGAACACCGGAGAGUUACCGCAAGUUGCAAAGAAAACAGGAGCUGCCUCCACUAUUCCAGCACCAUUUCAACUUCAACAUCAUCAAAUCACCUAUACUUAGUCUAAUACAGUGACAACUAAAAGAUUCCAAAAACAAUUUAGUAAUCAAUGUGAGCUAAAUACUAUGUGGCUGUCCAUGGCACUGAUUGCUGUGUGUGUUUAAGUAGAAAAAACAUGUUGACUCACCCUACUUGUAGAGAAACACCAAUGCCAUCCUCCUCUUUCAUGUUGCCUAAACGCUCUAUGACUCUGUCACACAGUACACCCUUUUAGUUUUGGUUGUCCUCGGCUACCUGACUAAAACACUUGCUCGCUAGCCUAACUUCCUUUCAUGGGCAAUGAUUAGCCAGCUAGUUAACAUUAGCCUUCUACAUCUAGCUACAUAUUGAACUUCCAUCCUCUCAGUCCAGGGGCACAAUGUAUUAAUUAAUGGUUGGAUCAGAAUUGCCGUUAUAAUCAUUGGCCAGGAAGGAGAAUUAAGUAAAACCACAAGUCCAACUCCCUGUCUCCAUCCAUGGCUAAUUUAGGAAAAGGCCAAUUGUAGCUAGCUGGCUAGCCACCGGAGGACAAAACACAAUGAGAUGCAACAAUUCAAUUUUGUUUUAUGUCAAUGAGGUUUGGCUUUUGAUGUGAAAUCCAAACUGGCUUCCGUAAAAAAAAUUGUUUUGGUGUGCAAGGACCAUUCACAGUUGAGUUCACUCAGUUUAGCUCAAAGCUGAUUGGCUAUUAUUGUAUAAUUUAUUUAUCAAGGGAGGCCAAAUGAUUGCUGGCUUCCCUUGCAUUUAAUGCUAAGGGCGGCAACAAUGUCAUACUCUUUUUCGCCACACAGCAUCAGAUAGAUGGGCUACACAUACAGAGACAGAGGGGGCGCUGUUUCACUCACUCGGAUGCUUUCUCCGGUGAGAGACAUUCAGCAAAUUAAAGGAACAUUAUGAAACACAGAGAGACGAAAGAUACAUUAUUGUAUAUGUUUUUUCCCUUAAUCUUGGCAAUUUUUUUUGGGUAAGCCUGGCUUUCCUUAGCAUCCAUGAAUACACGCCACUGGAGGGUGAAGGGGUAUAUAAAAUACAGCCUAAAUAUAGUGACAAAAAUGUUUGACUUAGAAAGUCAGUUACUUCAGGCCAAACUCUUAUGGCAUAGCUUUGUAAGAGGAGAACUCUGUGGUCACAACUCAUUAUUAGUCUUUUCACCUGUUGUUGGUGAAGCCAACUUCUCAACUCUGUGUGGACAAUAGAGUGGAAGUAGUGGAUAUUGUUUUCUGUUGUAUUCAGGUAUGUGUACCACAGCUCCCAGUGGAUGGUGGCGGGAAACACAGACCACUCGUGCAUCGCGCCUCGCCUUUACCUGCACCCCGACUCCCCGUGCGUGGGCGAGACUUGGAUGCGUCAGGUGAUCAGCUUCGACCGGGUCAAACUGACUAACAACGAGAUGGAGGACAAGGGACACGUAGGUCACGUCUCUAUUUCUGGUCUACUAUCAUUUCACCUGCUAUGUUCUAUUACAAUCUGACUGCUAAUCUAUAUGACUUUAUUACACAUGGCUGGAAUGCUGUUUUAGCCAAUCAGCAUCCAGGAUCCAAACUACCAGGUUUAGAAAUACUAUUAUAAUCCGGGUAGUGUGGGUCCUGGAUGCUGAUUGGCUGAAAGCCGUGGUAUAUCAGACAACAUACCAUGGGUAUGAUGCAACAUUUUCUAAUAAUGUUGUUAACCAGUUUAUAAUAUAAUGACUUGUUUACUGUUCCAAGAAUGUUGGUAACCAGUUUAAAAUAGAAUGACUUGUUUAGUGUUCUAAUAAUGCUGGUAACUAGUUUAUAAUAGAAUGACUUGUUUAGUGUUCUAAUAAUGCUGGUAACUAGUUUAUAAUAGAAUGACUUGUUUAGUGUUCUAAUAAUGCUGGUAAUUAGUUUAUAAUAGAAUGACUUGUUUAGUGUUCUAAUAAUGCUGGUAACUAGUUUAUAAUAGAAUGACCCUAACCCUAACCCUAGUUUCUAAUAGCAAUAAGGCUCCUCUGGGGUUUGUGGUAUGUGGCCAAUAUAUCAUGACUAAGGGCUGUAUCCAGGGAGUCCACGUUGCCCUUAGCCAUGGUGUUUCGGCCAUAUACAACACCUCCUUAAUGCUUAAUAUAUUCUAUCACUGUAUUUUAUGGGUCAAGAGCAAACAAUUUACUGAAAGAGGUUUCGAACUAUCUGAGAAGAGAAACAGUUUUGUUAGAAAAAAGGCUAUAGUCACGAUGAAAGUUCUUUUAAAAUGGCUACUGAAUGGUGAUGAUGUUUGGUAUGUUUGUCUGGGAUUUGGGGGUUGUUAUUGGUUGACCUGCUCUAAGGUCUGCACAUCUUACAGACUGUAUUUAAUGACAGUUGGUUGUUAUAUAAUCAUGUAUGAAGUUCAGAAACCUCCUAAACACAACAUACAUGACCAAAAUGCAUGUAAUAUCUAUGUUGUGCUGAUUGACAUCACAUUGCCAUCGUUCUCUAAACAACUCUCUUGGUCCAGAUCAUUCUACAGUCGAUGCAUAAGUACAAGCCUCGCGUCCAUGUGAUCCGCCACGACCCCCGGCUGGACCUAUCAAAGAUCCCUUCGCUGCCAACUGAGGGUAUGGCCAGCUUCUCCUUCCCAGAGACAGAGUUCACCACCGUGACAGCCUAUCAGAACCAACAGGUACAUACUGUCAGCAAGUCAGAACCAAUAGGUACUGCCUUAACCAAUCAGAACCAACAGACAGUUACUGUGUCAGCCAAUCAGAACACACAAUCAGAACCAAUAGGUAGUUAACUUAGUUAUUGACAAUAUGAAUGAUGAUUACUGCUAACACAGUAGAAUGGAUCAGGAGGACUGGCUUCACUGUGGUCUAAACUAGAAACUCAGUAGAAUGGAUCAGGAGGACUGGCUUCGCUGUGGUCUAAACUAGAAACUCAGUAGAAUAGAUCAGGAGGACUGGCUUCACUGUGGUCUAAACUAGAAACUCAGUAGAAUGGAUCAGGAGGACUGGCUUCGCUGUGGUCUAAACUAGAAAACUCAGUAGAAGGAUCAGGAGGACUGGCUUCACUGUGGGUCUAAAAUAGAAACUUCAGUAGAAUGGAUCGGAGGACUGGCUUCGCUGUGGUCUAAACUAGAAACUCAGUAGAAUGGAUCAGGAGGACUGGCUUCACUGUGGUCUAAACUAGAAACUCAGUAGAAUGGAUCAGGAGGACUGGCUUCACUGUGGGUUCUAACUAGAAACUCAGUAGAAUGGAUCAGGAGACUGGCUUCACUGUGGUCUAAACUAGAAACUCAGUAGAAUGGAUCAGGAGGACUGGCUUCACUGUGGUCUAAACUAGAAACUCAGUAGAAUGGAUCAGGAGGACUGGCUUCGCUGUGGUCUAAACUAAGAAAAACUCAGUAGGAUGGAUCAGGAGAAUGGCUUCACUGGUGGUCACUAAUAAACUCAGUAGAUGGAUCAGGAGGAUGGCUCACUGUGGUCUAAACUAGAAACUCAGUAGAAUGGAUCAGGAGGACUGGCUUCACUGUGGUCUAAACUAGAACCUCAGUAGAAUGGAUCAGGAGGACUGGCUUCACUGUGGUCUAAACUAGAAACUCAGUAGAAUGGAUCAGGAGGACUGGCUUCGCUGUGGUCUAAACUAGAAACUCAGUAAAAAUGGAUCAGGAGGACUGGCUUCGCUGUGGUCUAAACUAGAAACUCAGUAGAAUGGAUCAGGAGGACUGGCUUCACUGUGGUCUAAACUAGAAACUCAGUAGAAUGGAUCAGGAGGACUGGCUUCGCUGUGGUCUAAACUAGAAACUCAGUAGAAUGCAUCAGGAGGACUGGCUUCGCAGUGGUCUAAAUUAGAAACUCAGUAGAAUGGAUCAGGAGGACUGGCUGUGUGUGUGUGUGUGUCUGUGUGUGUCUGUGUGUGUGUUUGUGUGUCUGUGUGUGUUUGUUUGUGUGUGUGUGUGUGUGUGUGUGUGUGUGUGUGGUGGUGUGUGUCUGUGUGUGUGUGUCUGUGUGUGUGUGUGUGUGUGUGUCUGUGUGUGUUGUGUCUGUGUGUGUGUUUGUGUCGUGUGUUGUGUGUGUCUGUGUGUGUGUGUGUGUGUGGUGUGUGUGUGUGUGUGUCUGUGUGUGUGUGGUGUGUGUGUGUGUGUGUGUGUGUGUGUGUCUGUGUGUGUGUGUGUGUGUGUGUGUGUGUGUGUGUGUGUGUCUGUGUGACCGUGGUGUUGGCUGUGGUCCCUGCAGUAACAGAAGUCUAUCGGGGAUUGGCAGCAGCUCUCUUCAUCAGGGUCCGCUUCACUAAUGCUGGACGUGUAAUAAUAUAGAAACACACACAGACACCAUCAUGGUCUGUUUUACCAUAGCUCCUACUAAACCAAGCUAAGGACAGUGACUGUGGAAACCAUAGCUCCUACUAAACCAAGCUCAGGACAGUGACUGUGGAAACCAUAGCUCUUACUAAACCAAGCUCAGGACAGUGACUGUGGAAACCAUAGCUCCUACUAAACCAAGCUCAGGACAUUAUUCUAGAGACCAGAGAGUGACCAGGCUGGCUAAGGAUGGCUGACUGUCAAACACCAACACACUCCUUGUGUGUGUGUGUGUAUGUGUAUGUGUGUAUGUGUGUGUGUGUGUGUGUGUGUGUGUGUGUGUGUGUGUGUGUGUAUGUAUUUGUGUGUGUGUUCGAGUGUGUUCGAGUGGGUUCGAGUGUGUUCGAGUGUGUGUGUGUUCGGGUGUGUGUGUGUCCUGUUUGAAAUGGCUGGCUGCCAAGGUGGCUGUAAGGAUUUGUAAUCCCAGAGGGUGUGGCCUACAGCCUCCAGCUCCCAGCAGCCCUCAGCUCAGCGCUAUAAACGGACUGAGGAGGUUGUUGUUGUCUUAACAGCUCACGCCUCCAAACACCUUACAUGACUAAUAACAUGACAUCACUGUAGCUACAUUACGCUAUCAUCACAUCAGUGUUUUGUGUUUUUGUGUUUUUCUGUUGUGUUUGUUUGUGUUGUUUUUGUGGUGGUGUUGUUCUCUUUGUUUCGCUGUGUUCAUACAAUAACUUCACUUAAAGAUUUAAGUCACACACUAAAACAUCACAUAUAACAUGUAAAUCUCACGAUACUAGACAUAGUAAUGAUGCACAAUUAGAUCUUUGUUUUAAUAUUAUUUUUUUUUUAUGUACAGUCACUACAAUCUGUUCUCAAAUUACCAUAUGUAGCACAUUAUGUUAUCACAACUGUUGUUCCUGUCUUAAUGUUUGAUUUUUAAUGGACUGUAUUACUAUAUAUAUCACACUAUUACCGUGUCCUCGAUCUAUAUUUCAAAAUACACACACAGACAUACUCACUCGAUACAAGAACAUACAAUACUGAUAUAUUACAAUCAGAGUAUAUAUCCCACUCACUUAGUACUUAUUUAUAAUGUAUAACUGUAUAAUCUGAUAUAACACUAAUCCUGUAUAUUAUUCUCACAUUAGUAAUUGCUAUAUCUACAUCUGUUGUUACAUACUCACACAAUUGUAAUUAUAUAUAUACAUCAGUACUAGCUUCUAAACACACACGUAGAUACAUAUUCAAUCACUAGCACUACUAACAUCAAUCACUGUAGUACUACUCUAUAUCAACACUGUAGCUACUUAUACAUAAUACAUCACUUACUACAUUACUACUAUCACAAGUAUCCAUUACUAAUCAUCACAUCCUGUUUAUACUACUAUAUCACAUCACUGUAGUCAUUACUUAUCUUCUGUAGCUUGUAUUACUCUAUUCACAUCAUGUGCUACAUUACUCGUUCAUUCACUGUAGUGUACUAUAUUACAUCCUGUAGUUUACUACUAUUCAAUCACUGUAGUGACUUUACUAUUACAUCAUGUAGUACUUACUAUAUAUCCAUCACUUAGCUAUUAUACUAUCAUAAUCUGUAUAUUACUACUAUCACAUCAAUGAGCUCUUACUACUAUCAUACAUCACUGUAGUAUUACUCUAUAUCACAUCACUGUAUACAUACUACUAUCAUCACAUCACUGUAUAAUUACUACUAUCAUCACAUCACUUAGCUACAUUACUACUAUCAUCACAUCACUGUAGUACAUUACUACAUCAUCACAUCACUGUAUACAUACAUACUUACAUAUCAUCACAUCACUGUAGCUACAUUACUACUAUAUCACAUCACUGUAGCUACAUUACUACUAUCAUCACAUCACUGUAGUACAUUACACUAUAUCAAUCACUAGCUACAUCCACUAUCACAAUCACUGUAUAUUAUACCUCACACAUACACUACUCACUGUAUUACUACUAAUCACAUCUGUAGCUACAUUACUACUAUCAUCAAUCACUGUAUAUUACUACUAUCAUCACAUCACUUAUACAUUUACUUAUCUAUCAUCAAUCCUGUAGUACAUUACUACUUAUCACAUCACUGUAGUACAUUACUACUAUCAUCAUCAGUCAUCUUGUAGUACAUUACUACUAUCAUCACAUCACUGUAGCUAAUUACUACUAUCACAUCACAUCACUGUAUACUUACUACUAUUCACAUCACUGUCUACAUUACUACUAUCAUCACAUCACUGUGACUACAUUACUACUAUCAUCACAUCACUGUAGCUACAUUACUACUAUCAUCACAUCACUUAGCUACAUUACUACUAUAUCACAUCACUGUUACUACAUUACUACUAUCAUCACAUCCACUGUAGCUACAUUACUACUAUCAUCCUCUGUAUAUAUCAAUAUUCACUUAAUAAUGUCUACAUUACUACAUAUCACAUCACUGUACACAUCACAUCACUAUGUACUACAUUACUCACUCACUCAUCAUCACUUAUCUACACAUGUAGCUAACUACAUCACAUCACUGUAUAUUACUACUAUCAUCACAUCACUAGCUACUUACUACUAUCAUCACAUCACUGAUACUACUACUAUCAUCACAUCACUGUAACUACAUUACUCACUACAAUCAUCACAUCACUGUAUACUACUAUAUAUCACAUCACUGUAGCUACAUUACUACUAUCAUCACAUCACUGUAUAUUACUACUAUAUCACAUCACUGUAUUACAUAUUCACUCCUGUUAAUUACUACAAUCACAUACUUAGCUACAUUACUAUAUACCAUAUACUAUCAUCAUCACUGUAGCUAAUUACUACUAUAUCACAUCACUGUAACUUACAUCAGCAUACUUAGCUCACUCUACAUCAUCCAUCACUGUAUACAUUACUACAUAUCAUUCACAUCACUGUAAUCUACCUAUUCACAUUGUAUUAUCUAUAUCACAUCACUUAGCUACAUUACUACUAUCAUCACAUCACUGUAGUACAUUACUACUAUCAUCACAUCACUGUAUACUUACUACAUCACAUCAUUCACAUCAUCACUGUAGCUACAUUACUACUAUCAUCACAUCACUGUAUAUUACUACUAUCAUCACAUCACUGUAUCUACAUUACUACUAUCAUCACAUCACUGUAUACAUUACUACUAUCAUCACAUCACUGUAGCUACAUUACUACUAUCAUCACAUCACUGUAGCUACAUUACUACUAUCAUCACAUCACUGUAGCUACAUUACUACUAUCAUCACAUCACUGUAGCUACAUUACUACUAUCAUCACAUCACUGUAGCUACAUUACUACUAUCAUCACAUCACUGUAGCUACAUUACUACUAUCAUCACAUCACUGUAUAUCAUUAACUAUCAUCAUACACAUCACUGUAGCUACAUUACUACUAUAUUCACAUCACUGUAGCUACAUUACUACUAUCAUCACAUCACUGUAGCUACAUUACUACUAUCAUCAUCACAUCACUAUAUCUACAUUACUACUAACUUCAUCACAUCACUGUAUAUACUAUAAUCAUCAUACUGCUAUCAUAUUCACUCACGUAUAUUACUAUAUCACAUCACUGUACUACAUUACUACUAUCAAUCACUAUCACUUAGUAUACAUAUCACACUGACUACAUUCAUAUCAUCAUCACUGUAAUUACUAUAUCUCACAUCACUGUACUACUAUCACAUCACUUAGCUACAUUACUACUAUAUCACAUCACUGUAGUAUUACUACUAUUACAUCACUAUCAUCAUAUCACUUAUCUUACAUACUACUAUAUCUCACUAGUCACCUACUAAUCCUACACUUACUACUAUACUAUCACACAUCACUGUAUAUUACUACUAUCAUCACAUCACUGUAGUCUACAUAUACUACUAUCAUCACUCACCUGUAUUACAUUACUACUAUCAUCACAUCACUUUAUUACUACAUCAUCACAUCACGUAUAUUACUACUAUCAUCACAUCACUGUAGACUACAUUACUACUAUCAUCACAUCAUACAACUUAUUAUACUUACUAUCAUCACAUCACUGUAGCUACAUUACUACUAUCAUCAACACUACUGUAUCAUACUACACUAUCAUCACAUCACUGUUAUUACUACUAUCUCACAUCCUGUAUUCAUAUCACAAUCACUUACUACAUUACUAUCUAUCAUCACAUCACUGUAUUACAUUACACUAUCAUCACAUCACUUAGCUACAUUACUACUAAUUCAUCAUCACUGUACUACAUUACUACUAUCAUCACAUCACUGUAGCUACAUUACUACUAUCAUCACUCUUACUACAUUCUACUUAUCUAUCAUGUAUAUUACUACUAUCAUCACUCACUGUGACUACAUUACUACUAUAUUCACUCACAUCCUGUAGCUACAUUACUACUAUCAUACAUCACUGUACUACAUUACUACUAUCAUCACAUCACUUAGCUACUUACUACUACAUCACAUCACUGUAUUACUCUAUCCAUCACUUAGCUACUAUACAUCAAUCACUGUAGCUACAUUACUACUAUCAUCACAUCACUGUAUAUUACUACUAUAUCACAUCACUAUAGCUACAUUACUACUAUCAUCACAUCACUGUAUACAUUACUACUAUCAUCACAUCAUAUUCUACUAUAUCAUCACUGUACUACAUUACUACUAUCAUCACAUCACUGUAUAAUUACUACUAUCAUCACAUCACUUAGCUACAUUACUACUAUAAAUAUCACUUUAUCACUAUAUCACAUCACUUUAUUACUACUAUCAUCACAAUCACUGUAUAUUACUACUAUAUAUCAAUCACUAUACUACAUUACUACUAUCAUCACAUCACUGUAUUACUACUAUAUCAUCACAUCAUUACUACAUUACUACUAUCAUCACAUCACUGUAUAUUACUACUACAUCACAUCACUUAGCUUACAAUUACUACUAUAUAUCACAUCACUGUACUACAUUACUACUAUCAUCACAUCACUGUAGCUACAUUACUACUAUCAUCACAUCACUGUAGCUACAUUACUACUAAUCAUCACAUCACUGUACUUACAUUACUACUAUCAUCACAUCACUGUAGCUACAUUACUACUAUCAUCACAUCACUGUACUCAUCUACUAUCAUCACAUCACUGUAGCUACUUACUACUAUCAUCACAUCACUGUAUUACUAUACUAUUACUCAUGUAGCUACAUCACUAUCAUCACACGUUAACUACUAUAUUCACAUCAUGUACUACAUUACAUACUAAUACAUCAUGAUAUACACUAUCAUCAAUCACUGUAUAUUACUACUAUAUCACAUCACUAUAGCUACUUACUACUAUCAUCACAUCACUGUAGCUCAUUACUACUAUAUCACAUCACUGUACUACAUUACUACUAUCAUCACAUCACUGUAUUACAUUACUACUAUCAUCACAUCACUGUAGCUACAUUACUACUAUAUCACAUCACUGUAGCUACAUUACUACUAUCAUCACUCACUUAUUACAUUACUACUAUAUCACAUCACUAUCACAUACACUGAUAUUAUCACAUGUACUCUACUAUCAUCACAUCACUGUAUUUACUACUUCAUCAACAUCACUGUAGCUACAUUACUACUAUCAUCAUCAUCACUGUAUACAUUACUACUAUCAUCACAUCACUAUAACUACACAACAGUAUACUACUAUAUCACACUCACUGUAGCUACAUUACUACUAUCAUCACAUCACUGUAGCUACAUUACUACUAAUCAUCACAUCACUGAGCUACAUAUACUACUAUCAUCACAUCACUGUAUUACUUACAUCAAUAUAUAUCACUAUAUCACUCACUGUACAUUACUACUACAUCACAUCAUGUACACUACUACAUCAUCACAUCACUGUACUACAUUACUACUAUCAUCACAUCACUGUAUAUACUACAUCAAUCGUACACUAUACUAUCAUCACUCACUGUACACUUACUACUAUCAUCAAUCACUGUAGCUACAUUACUACUAUCAUCACAUCACUGUAUACUUACUAUAUCUCACUUCAUACACAUCACUAUAGCUACAUUACUUACUAUCAUCACAUCACUGUAUACAUUACUACUAUCAUCACAUCACUGAUAGCUACAUUACUACUAUCAUCACAUCAUCUGUAAUACACUAUCAUCACUUAUACUACUAUAUCAUCACAUCACUGUAGCUACAUUACUACUAUCAUCACAAUGAUCACUAUUACUGCUACAUUACUACUAUCAUCAUAUCACUGUAUAUUAACUAUCACACUCACUGUAUAUACACUAUCACACAUCACUGUAUAUUACUACAUCAUCACAUCCUGUACAUUACUACUAUCAUCAAUCACUUAUACAUUACUACUAUCAUCACAUCACUGUAGCUAUUAACUACUACAUCAUCAACAACAUCACAUUACUGAUCAUUACUACUAUCAUCACAUCAUGUAGCUACAUUACUACUAUCAUCACAUCACUGUAGCUACAUUACUACUAUAUCACACAUCACUGUAGCUACAAAAUGAUUACUUACUAUCAUCACAUCACUGUAGCUACAUUACUACUAUCAUCACAUCACUGUACUACAUUACUACUAUCAUCACAUCACUGUAGCUACAUUUACUACUACUAUAUCACAUCACUGUAGUACUUACAUUACUACUAUCAAUAACUACACAUCACUGUAGCUACAUUACUACUAUCAUCACAUCACUGUAUUUACAAUUACUACUAUAUUGUACACAUCACACUAUAGUACAUUACUACUAUAUCACAUCACUGUAGCUACAUUACUACUAUCAUCACAUCACUGUAUUUACUACACUAUAUCACAUCACUAUAGCUACAUUACUACUAUCAUCAUCAUAUCUUACUAAUAUCACAUCACUGUAUACUACUAUCAUCACAUCACUGUAAUUACUACUAUCAUCAUCACUGUAGCUACAUUACUACUACUCAUCAUAUCACUGUAUAUUACAUACUACUCAUCACAUCACUGUAUAUUACUACUAUAUCAUCACAUACUUAUAUACAUACUAUAUCAUCACAUCACUGUAUACAUUACUACUAUCAUCACAUCACUGUAGCUACAUUACUACUAUAAUCACAAUCACUGUAGCUACAUUACUACUAUAUCAAUCACUAGUACUUUACACUUAAUUACUAUAUUCACAUCACUAUAGCUACAUUAUACUAUAAUCCACAUCACUGUAGCUACAUUACUACUAUCAUCACAUCACUGUAUUUACAUUACUACUAUAUUCACAUCACUAUAGCUACAUUACUACUAUCUUCACAUCACUGUAGCUACAUUACUACUAUCAUCACAUCACUGUAGCUACAUUACUACUAUAUUCACAUCACUGUAACUACAUUACUACUAUAUUCACAUCACUAUAGCUACAUUACUACUAUCAUGAUGUCACUGUAGCUACAUUACUACUAUCAUCAUAUCAGUGUAUAUUACUACUAUCAUCACAUCACUGUAGCUACAUUACUACUAUAUUCACAUCCCUGUAGCUACAUUACUACUAUCAUCACAUCACUGUAACUACAUUACUACUAUCAUCACAUCACUGUAGCUACAUUACUACUAUCAUCACAUCACUGUAUUAACAUUACUACUAUAUUCACAUCACUAUAGCUACAUUACUACUAUAUUCAUAUCACUGUAACUACAUUACUACUAUCAUCACAUCACUGUAUAUUACUACUAUCAUCACAUCACUAUAGCUACAUUAUUACUAUCAUCAUAUCACUGUAUAUUACUACUAUCAUCACAUCACUGUAUAUUACUACUAUCAUCACAUCACUGUAGCUACAUUACUACUAUCAUCACAUCACUGUAGCUACAUUACUACUAUAAUCACAUCACUGUAGCUACAGUACUGCUAUCAUCACAUCACUGUAUAUUACUACUAUCAUCACAUCACUGUAUAUUACUACUAUAUUCACAUCACUGUACAUCACUACUAUCAUCACAUCACUGUAGCUACAUUACUACUAUCAUCACAUCACUGUAGCUACAUUACUACUAUCAUCACAUCACUGUAGCUACAUUACUACUAUCAUCACAUUACUGUAGCUACAUUACUAAUAUCAUCACAUCACUGUAGCUACAUUACUACUAUCAUCACAUCACUGUAGCUACAUUACUACUAUCAUCACAUCACUGUAGCUACAUUACUACUAUCAUCACAUCACUGUAGCUACAUUACUACUAUCAUCACAUCACUGUAUAUUACUUCUAUAUUCACAUCACUGUAGCUACAUUACUACUAUCAUCACAUCACUGUAGCUACAUUACUACUAUCAUCACAUCACUGUAGCUACAUUACUACUAUCAUGAUGUCACUGUAGCUACAUUACUACUAUCAUCACAUCACUGUAGCUACAUUACUACUAUAUUUACAUCACUGUAUUUACACUACUACUAUCAUCACAUCACUGUAGCUACAUUACUACUAUAUUCACAUCACUAUAGCUACAUUACUACUAUCAUCACAUCACUAUAGCUACAUUACUACUAUCAUCACAUCACUAUAGCUACAUUACUACUAUCAUCACAUCACUGUAGCUACAUUACUACUAUCAUGAUGUCACUGUAGCUACAUUACUACUAUCAUCACAUCACUAUAGCUACAUUACUACUAUCAUCACAUCACUGUAGCUACAUUACUACUAUCAUCACAUCGGUGUAUAUUACUACUAUCAUCACAUCACUGUAGCUACAUUACUACUAUAUUCACAUCACUGUAUAUUACUACUAUCAUCACAUCACUGUAUAUUACUACUAUCAUCACAUCACUGUACAUUGCUACUAUCAUCACAUCACUGUACAUUACUACAAUCAGAUCAGCAGGGUCAAAUAAUAAUCACAGUGGUUGUAGACAGGUCAGUACCUCAGGAGUAAAUGUCAGUUGGCUUUUCAUAGCCGAUCAUUCAGAGGUCAAUACAGCAGGUGCGGAAGAGAGAGUUGAAAACAGCAGGUCUGGGACAAGGUAGCACGUCCGGUGAACAGGUCAGGGUUCCCUAGCUGCAGGCAGAACAGUUGAAACUGGAGCAGCAGCACGACCAGGUGGACUGGGGACAGCCAGGAGUCAUCAGGCCAGGUAGUCCUGAGGCAUGGUCCUAGGGCUCAGAUCCUCCGGGAGGGAAGGGGGAGAGAGAGAAUUAGAGGGAGCAUACUUAAAUUCACACAGGACACCAGAUAAGACAGGAAAAUAACACCAGAUAUAACAGACUGACCCUAGCCCCCCGGCACAUAGACUAUUGCAGCAUAGAUACUGGAGGCUGAGACAGGGGGGGUCGGGAGACACUGUGGCCCCGUCCGACAAUUCCCCCGGACAGGGCCAACCAGGCAGGAUAUAACCCCACCCACUUUGCCAAAGCACAGCCCCCACACCACUAGAGGGAUAUCAACAGACCACCAACCUACUACCCUGAGACAAGGCUGAGUAUAGCCCACGAAGAUCUCCUCCACUGCAUGAGCCAGAGGGGGAGCAAAACCGGACAGGAAGAUCACGUCUGUGACUCAACCCACUCAAGUGACGCACCCCUCCUAGGGACGGCAUGGAAAGCACCAGUAAGCCAGUGACUCAGCCCCCGUAACAGGGUCAGAGGCAGAGAAUCCCAGUGGAGAGAGUGGAGCCGGCCAGGCAGAGACAGCAAGGGCAGUUCGUCUCUCCAGUGCCUUGCCGUUCACCUUUGCACCCCUGGGCCAGACUACACUCAAUCAUAGGACCUACUGAAGAGACGAGUCUUCAGUAAAGACUUAAAGGUCGAGACCGAGUCUGCGUCUCUCACAUGGAUAGGAAGACCAUUCCAUAAACAUGGAGCUCUAUAGGAGAAAGCCCUGCCUCCAGCUGUUUGCUUAGAAAUCCUAGGGCCAAUAAGGAGGCCUGCUUCUUGUGAUGAUCUCCUUCCAGACAGACAUCAGGGACUGUAACAUACUCUGUUUCACAGAAUCAUGGCUCUCUGCGGAUAUACUGUCCUUGUCCAUACAGCCAGCUGGGUUCUCAGUACAUCUCGCAGACAGGAAUCAAAAACUCUCCAGGAAGAAGAAAGGCGGAGGUGUAUUUUUUAUGAUUAACUAUUCAUGGUGUGAUUGUGGUAACGUACAGGAACUCAAAUCCUUUUGUACACCCGACCUAGAAUACCUCAAUCAAAUGCCUCCCGAGAUAAUUAUUUUCGGUCAUCGUCACAGACGUGUAUUUUCCCCCUCAAGGAACUGCACUGGACUUUGUGCAAACUGGAAACCGCAUAUCCUGAGGCCGCAUUUAUUGUAGCUGGGGACUUUAAUAAAGCAAAUCUAAGGAAAACGCUACUGAAGUUCUAUCAACACAUUGCCUGCAGUACGCUUCAAAAACUCUCAACCAUUGUUACUGUCCCUUCUGGGAUGGCUACAAGGCCCUCCCCUGCCCUCCAGAGUUGGCUCUGAGAAUAACAUUGACAUAUACACACACAAAAAAAAACAUGGAUAGAUGCCGGCAUUCGCGCAAAACUGAAAGCGUGAACCACCGCAUUUAACCACGGCAAGGAAUAUGGUUGAAUUCAAACAGUCCAGUUAUGCCCUCUGUAAGGCAAUCAAACAGGCCAAACAUCAGUACAGACACAACGGCUCAGACACGAGACGUAUGUGGCACAGACUCCAGACAAUCAUGGAAUACAAAGGGAAAACCAGCCAUGUUGCAGAUGCCGAUUUCUUACUUCCGGACAAGCUAAACAGCUUCUUCAUUCACUUAGAGGAUAACACAGUGCCGCCGACACGGGCCGCUCCCUAGGACUGUGAGCUCUCCUUCCCUGACCCCUGCUACUGGGGUCACUGUGACCAGGCAGUGACUGUGGAAACCAUAGCUCCUACUAAACCAUGUAGGUCAUAUUCCUAUCCCUCUGCCUGUCCUGAUCUUUUGUUUGUGCUGUCAGAUCACCAAGCUGAAGAUUGACAGGAACCCGUUCGCUAAGGGCUUCAGAGAUCCAGGCCGGAACAGGUAAACAAACACUGCUAUAGAUAAACACUUUGUUAGAGCAUCUACAUCACACCUUAUUCUCUAUAUAGUGCACUAUUGUAACACUUCUGAUCCCGCUCUCUCUGUGUAGGGGUGUGUUGGAUGGGCUGCUGGAGUCCUAUCCCUGGAGAAAUCCCCUCAGUCUGGAGUUGAAACCUUUUACUCUACAGCUGCAAGGUGACUGGCUACUGACAGACCUACUGACAGACCUACUGACAGACCUACUGACAGACCUACUGACAGACCCACUGACAGACCUACUGACAGACCUACUGACCUACUGACAGACCUACUGAGCUACUGACAGACCUACUGACAGACCUACUGACAGACCUACUGACAGACCCACUGACAGACCUACUCACAGACCUACUGACAGACCUACUGACCUACUGACAGACCUACUGACAGACCCACUGACCUACUGACAGACCUACUGACAGACCUACUGACCUACUGACAGACCUACUGACAGACCUACUGACUGACCUACUGACAGACCUACUGACAGACCUACUGACAGACCUACUGACAGACCUACUGACAGACCUACUGACAGACCCACUGACAGACCUACUGACAGACCUACUGACAGACCUACUGACCUACUGACAGACCUACUGACAGACCUACUGACAGACCCACUGACAGACCUACUCACAGACCUACUGACAGACCUACGACAACCUACUGACAGACCUACUGACAGACCUACUGACAUACCCUACUGACAUCCCUACUGACAGACCUACUGACAUACCUACUGACAGACCUACUGACAGACCUACUGACAGACCUACAGACCUACUGACAGACCUACUGACAGACCUACUGACCUACUGACAGACCUACUGACAGACCUACUGACUGACCUACUGACAGACCUACUGACAUACCUACUGACAGACCUACUGACAGACCUACUGACAGACCCUACUGACACUGAGACCUACUGACAGACCUACUGACAUGACCUACUGACAGACCUACUGACAGACCCCCUGACCUAUGACAGACCCUGACGACCUACUGACAGACCUACUGACAGACCUACUGACGACCUACUGACAGACCUACUGACAGACCCACUGACAGACCUACUGACAGACCUACUGACAGACCUACUGACGACCCACUGACAGACCUACUGACAGACCUACACUCUGACAGCACGCUACUGACAGACCUACUGCAUGACAGACCUACACGACCUACUGACAGACCUACUGACAGACCCCACUGACAGACCUACUGACCCAUGACCUACUGAAGACUACUGACAGACCUACUGACAGACCUACUGACAGACACCUACUGACAAGACCACCUACUGACAACCUACUCACAGACCUACUGACAGACCUACUGACAGACCCUACUGACCACGACAGACUACUGACAGACCUACUGACAGACCUACUGACAGACCUACUGACUGCCCUACUGACAGACCUACUGACCUACUGACAACCUACUGAAGACCUACAGACAGACCACUGACAACCUACAUGAACCCUACUACACGAUAUGACAUAUACAGACCACUGACAGACCUAUGAUAACCACUACACUAGACCUACACAACACUGAUUACUGACAUUAAACCCUAACACUAACAACACGAUUACUACAUAAUAACCCUAACACACAACACUGAUUAUUACAUUCAUAACCCUAACACUAACAACAACACUGAUUAUAUUACAUUCAGAACCCUAACACUAACAACAACACCGAUUAUUACAUUAAUAACCCUAACAACAACACUGAUUAUUACAUUCAGAACCCUAACACUAACAACAACACCGAUUAUUACAUUAAUAACCCUAACAACAACACUGAUUAUUACAUUCAGAACCCUAACACUAACAACAACACCGAUUAUUACAUUAAUAACCCUAACAACAACACUGAUUAUUACAUUCAGAAACCUAACACUAACAACAACACUGAUUAUUACAUUCUCUAACAACAACACACAGACAGCUAACUACAACACUAUUCAUUGUUUUAAUAAUAACAAUACUGUUAACUCAAUCACAGACAAUACACUGUACAAUACAACUCUAGUUAUGGUUUUUAAUCCAACUCUAGUUAUGGUUAUGGGCGGCAGGGAGCUUAGUGGUUAAGAGCGUUGUGCCAGUAACCGAAAGGUCGCUGGUUCUAAUCCCCGAGCCGACUAGGUGAAAAAUCUGUCGAUGUGCCCUUGAGCAAGGCACUUAACCCUAAUCGCUCUGGAUAAGAGCGUCUGCUAAAUGACUAAAAUGUAAUGGUUGUUAAUUUAACUCUAGUUAUGAUUGUUAAUCUAACUCUAGUUAUGGUUGUUAAUCUAACUGUAGUUAUGGUUGUUCAUCUAACAAAAGGUAUGGUUGUUAAUCUUGUUGUGUUGUCUUGUUGUCUCAUCAGGAGGGAGCUGUGGGUCUCCAGGCAACUGCACUUCUCCUCUGAAGAGCCUUGUCCCUCUCUCCUGUCCUCCAUCCUCUCACCCCUUCACCCUCUCCUCCUUCUCCUGCCCCGACACCAGCCUGCACUCCUUCAGUAUUCCCCUCUGCUGCAAGACCUCCCCCUUCUCCCCCUUCUCCCCCAUCUCCCCCUUGCCGGCCAGACCCUACCCCUCCCCCCGGCGUUACUCCCCCCUGCCUCUCGUCCUCUCGGCCCUGCAGGGGAAGAAGGCUUCAGGCUGCAGUGCUCUGUGUCUUCAGGGGGGCGUUCCCGGACAUCCUCCCAGCCUGCAGCCACACCCCCUACAGGCCCCUCCCUCUCCCCUGUACUGUCUACACCGCUCCAGUCUACCCAUCAACGCUCCCCUCGCUGCUCUCUCACGCCACGCCAAACUGGCUGACAGCACCACGGACUGUCUGCUACACCAAGCUCCCUGGCACACCACCAUCAACCACUGCCUCUGA